UCGGCGGAGAAAUAACGAAAUGGUAGCAACGAAAAGUGUAGCUUUUUUGCUGUGUUUGCUCUACAUGAUCAAACUCUCAACAGCAAGGGACUACAAGUGUGUGCAAGAAGAAAAUCAUUGUAUAUUUCGUGACGUUCAACUGAAAUCUACUGAUUCACUCACGAAAACCACAUUUUCAUCGGACGUGAAUUCACCGAAGGUAUUAAAAUUCGAAUCAUCAUCAAUAGUUCAGCUUCCGCCAGCGAUCUUUCAAAAGUUCCCCAAUAUUGAAGUGCUGGAUGCAAGUUUUUGUGGACUAAAAAAUCUUCAAAGUGAUUCGUUCUCCGAUGCCAGGAAUAUCAGAGAAGUGAAUCUUACCGGGAAUAAAAUUGCAAUAUUACGAAACUUCGCUUUCGAUGGAGCACCAAAAAUCAGUAACUUGGACCUCACUCAAAAUGACAUCAGUGAAAUACAGGAAAAUGUAUUCGAUGGAUUGACUGAGCUGAAAAUCCUAAGUCUGGGGAAUAACCGACUUGCCACCCUACCAUCUAGAAUGUUCAACGCUUUAUCCUCUUUAGAGGUCGUAGAGCUACAAAAUAACUUGCUCUCCAAAAUCAAUGACGAUAUGUUUACGAGCUGUACAUCUUUAAUAACGUUGAAUGUUUCCCACAAUGCACUGCAAAAAUUUGACCUCCGUCAAUUUCUCAGGGAUUGGUCGGUAGAUGCCAUCGAUGUUAGUUUCAACCGACUUAAAACCAUUCGCAUUCCAAAAAAUCUGCGAAAACUUGUCGCCUCCAACAAUCAAAUUCGAUCAGUUGAAGCAAUUGGAAAGGAUCCAGCACUAAUUUUUCUCAGACUGUCGCACAACAAACUAACAAGUGUUGACCAAAUUCCAAGUUUGAACAAACUAAUCACUCUGGAUAUGUCCUACAAUCAGUUACAAGAUUUUGAUUUCAAUUCGGUUACAAAAUUCAAAAACCUAAUUCUACUGAAAUUGGAUGGGAAUCAACUGUCAACCAUAUCCAAUACGUUGACGAGCGACGUAACCUAUUUGAAGUAUGUUCAUCUGGCCCACAAUCGACUGACUCAUUUGGACAUGGACGUUCUAAGGACUGUACCACGAAUCAUUAAGCUAGACCUCGGUUACAACAAACUUACGGAGCUGACAGCAAAACGCUUAAGUGAUAAAUUUCCGGUGCUAGUUCGCCUCGUAUUAGAUGGAAACGAUUUCCGGUGUGAGCAGAGUGCUGAACUGAUGAAGGAUCUUAAAUAUGCCAGCACCGAAUAUAAGAGCACCUCCAAUCAGUGCAAGGUAGAGCAACGUCUGGUGAAUGGAAUUUGCUGCUCCUAGGAGGAUAGCUUAAUUCGAAUGAACACUUUUUUAAUAACGCGAAUACAAUAUUUACUUUUAA